AUGAAGACCACUAAUCGUCCUGAUGAGUGGAAGAUUGAGCAGGGCCUCUCCGGGGCUGUCCUGCCUGUUCUGGAUAUGACAGGACCGCAGACGAAGGCCUUGCCGAUCCAGAUUUUCGGCGAACUGACGAAAGACGAGGAGGCAAUUAAGAGCGUCGGUGACCGCAAUAAGCUCUUCACGGAAGAGCGUGAUGGUUGGACGGGCUUCGUCGAGUGGGAGAAUUACCCCGAGAAGAAAGCCGCCGCACACAAAAUCUUGACGUCUCAGACGUUCCCCCCCAAUCCAGAGUUCCAGCUGGGACCCAUUCCAGGAACCAAUCCAGUGCUCCCGGGAACUCACUGGAAAAUGUGGCAUCACGCCGUCGGCGGCGCGCUUACCCAGAUUCCCGACGACUCGUGGGACCUUGUGUUGAAGGAGAAGCACCCCGACAUGCUUCAUCUGCUUCAGUUCCCUUACAACGGAGAGCCCCCCAAGCGACUUGUGACCGCUAAAGAGAUCACUCCGAACUCACUUCACUUUGUCAGAAACCAUGGCGGCAUCCCUAUCAUUGACAAGGACAAGUACAGCUUCCUUCUCGACGGACUGGUGGCCAACCCGCGCUCUUUCACCAUGGAUGACCUCAUGGACGAGUCCAAGUUUCCGCGCAUGGAGAAGACCAUCACCAUGCAGUGCUCCGGAACUCGUCGCAUUGAGCAGAUUCUCAAGUAUGCCGGCCAGGGUGAUGAAGUUCCGCAGGCGCCCUGGGCCGAAGGCGCUAUCGGCACUGCUCGCUACGUCGGUAUCAGUCUGAAGAAAGUCAUCAAGGCCUGCGGUGGCUUGAUUGAUGGUGCGAAGCAUCUUGAAUUCUACGGCGCCGACACCUACUUCAAGGACGACAAGACGAUGAACUACCUUGUUAGUGUUCCGUGGUCGAAGGUCAAAGCGAACGAGGUCAUGCUCGCAUGGGAGAUGAAUGGAGAGGUCCUCCCGCGUAUCCACGGAUACCCCCUCCGCAUCGUCGUCUUCGGAUACAUCGGAGCUCGAAGCGUCAAAUGGCUGUACCGUAUUAAGGCCAUCAAGAACCCCUCGCGGGCCCCGGUUCAGAGCCAGGAAUACCUCUAUUUUCCCCAACAGGUCGGCAAGCACAACCUCAAGAUGACAGACGGCAUUCAGAUUCAGGAGAUGCCCGUCAGCUCGGCCAUCAUGUCACCGUGGACCAAGCAAGUUGUCAUUCAUAACGGUAAGAUCCGGUGCAAGGGCUGGGCGUACUCGGGCGGCGGUCGUUGGCCUGAGCGAGUUGAGCUCUCGGCCGAUGGCGGCUUCAGUUGGUACACCGUCCCCGUUGAGAACCUGUCGAAGAAGCGGAAGUGGACUUGGCGAACUUGGGAGAUUGAUUUGCCAUGCGAUGUUGAAGGUUGGAUCGAGAUCGUCUGUCGCUGCUGGGACAACUCUCUCAACACUCAACCUCCAGAUGUUCGCACUGCUUGGAAUUGGGGCUUGCAUGUGACGAGUUCGUGUCAUCGGAUUGCGGUCUACAGCGUGAACUGUACACGACAGAGCACGCGAGCCCGUCUUCAGGAGUUUGAGGAGAAGGGUAUUCCUUUCGGCCCGAUCACCGUGCCUCUUGCGUUCCCGUCUCAAUCCUGGGAGGAUUACGAGAAAUACUGGAAGAACCACGAUCCCCGCGAUGCUGAAGAUGAUUGA